GUUUGUCGGUACUCGUUCGUCGCAUGUAACGGCUCCGUCUGCUUAAUUAUUUGGUGUUGGUAGUGUGCUUUGUGCAUAGUUAUUAUUGUUUAUUGCCAAUUCUAAGCGGGUGUUGGUGCGGACUUUUAGUUGACAAUACAUUCUUUUGCAAAAACACCGUUAGCAGAUGUACGCGUAAGCAAUUUUCUGCUUGCUUACUUCUUGUAGUUGCGAUUUGUGUGCAUGAAAAGUGCAAUGUAUGUGGAAUUUUCUUGAUGUUGCAGCAACUACAACAACUGCAAAAAAUGCAACAAAGUCGUUGAAUAAAACGUAACAAACAAACAAACAGUAAACGACAUUCACUUUUAUGGAUAAACGGAUAUACAGCAGUACCCACAAAGACGACGUUGUUGUUGUCGGAACAGUACCAGUCGCUGUACCCCCCCGACGACGAAGAUGACGCAAAGCAGCAGCACAGAAUUCGCCAAAAAGCAGCAGCAUGAGGCAACCACAGCUGUGACUACAAAGAUGCCGCCAAAUCAUGCUGCGUCCAUCGAUGUUCUCUUAAAUAACUUUCAGUUUAAGAAGAAAAGCUAUAGAGUGCUCCUCAAUGGUCAGCAUUUUGUUUGGGAGCGCCUCAAGCAGACACAAAGCGGCAAGAAGCAGCACAAAGCAGCGCCACAAGAGCCCACAGGGCAAUCGCAGUCAGGGGCACAGACAAAGGAGACUGAAAGCGAUCAACUUUCCAAUGGAAGCUCCACGCUUUGCUAUGGGCCAGACAGUCAUGUCCUGCAUCUGGACGACAUCAUCAACGUGCGAAAGGGGGACACCAAACAGGCGACGCUCAAACCUCCCAGCACGCCGAUGUCGAGUGAGGAUGAGAACAAUGAGUUAUCGACAUCCGUGGCUCUCAAGCCCACGGCACAGUAUCUAACCAUAAAUUAUGCGGAACGGCUGCUCAAAUCAGCCACAGAUUGCAAUCGCUGGCAAGUCCGUCGUCUGACACUCUACAACUCCGAUCCCUAUAUCGUGGAUCAGUGGUAUCGGCAACUCAAGGAACGUUUAUAUUGUUCGGCUGGACGAUUGCGGGUACGCCGUCUGCUCGUCUUCAUCAAUCCGUAUGGGGGUCGGAAGGCAGGCCUGCAGACAUACGAACGGCAUUGCAAGCCACUCUUCCAGCUGGCCGGGAUCGAUGUCACGUGCAUUACCACGCAGCGUGCCAAUCAGAUACGUGAUAUAUUGCUCAGCCAUGAUUUGAGCGUCUACGAUGCAGUCUGUUGUAUCGGCGGCGAUGGUACUGUGGCAGAAGUUAUCAACGGACUAAUAUUUCGAACCAUGCGGGAGCUGGGCUUGGAUGAGCAACGACCGGCUUAUAUACCCAAGCCGAUGAUGCCGGUGGGCAUAAUACCAGCAGGUAGCACCGACACUAUUGCCUACAGCAUGCAUGGUACGGCGGAUGUGCGAACGGCGGCCAUCCACGUGCUUCUCGGCCAACGUCGUGGCCUGGAUGUGUCCAGCGUAAGGAACAGUCAGACGCUGCUACGUUUCUGUGCCAGCAUUCUAAGCUAUGGCUAUUUGGGGGACGUGGCGGCGAAGAGCGAGCAAUACCGCUGGAUGGGUGCAAAGCGUUACGAGUACACUGGAGUGAAGGCAUUCAUCAACAAUCGUGGCUACGAGGCCGAGUUGCGUUUCCUGCUAGACGAGGACGGAUCGGAACAGCAGGAGCAACCGGAACGCUGCGAGAGUCCCCAAAGUCCCAGUGCUCAGAGUCUGCAGCGUGCGCUCAGUGUUUGCUCCGUGGGCAACACCUCCGUCUGCUAUGCGAAUUGUCAGCGUUGCAGCUUCGCCGCCUCGCUACAAGAUCAGCCCUCGGUAUUGUUCGGCAGCACCGGCGGCGAAACGGACGACGAUGAGGAAGAACGUCCAAAUCUGCCCUAUGAUGGCAGCACCGAACAGCCUGCUGCCACCCCUCGGCUGAGUACUGGCGAUGCAGCUCUCUUGCCACCCCAGCGUCCACGCACUCUUAAUCUGCAGGGUGCCCAGUCCCUUACCUCCAGCCUCAACUUUGGCAGUCCAACAUCCACCACAGCCCAAUGGAAGAGCAUCAAAGGCAAUUUCUUUAUGAUAUGCGGCGCCAAUAUAACCUGCGCCUGCUCCCGCAGUCCCAACGGCAUCUCACGCUACAGCCAUCUGGGCGAUGGCUAUCUCGAUCUAAUAUUGGUGCGCAAGACCUCCCUGCUGAACAAUGUGCGUUUUCUGUUGAAUACGGCCGGUCGGGAUGGAGAUAUUCGCAAUUUGCCAUUUGUGGAGGUGUAUAGGACGAGAAAAUUUAAUUUUCGCACGCUGACCGCCGCUAUUACAUCGCCGGAUGAGGGCUUUAGCAUUAAUGGAUCGUGCCAACCCAUAACCGAGCCCAGUGAUGCUAAUAGCACGCAAUUGAAUGAGUUUUCCAGCUGGAAUUGUGAUGGUGAGGUUGUCACCGAUUUGGACAUCACAAUGAGCUCGCAUUGCCAGCUUAUCGACGUGUUUAUGCGUGGUCCACAUUCCUACAACAAACCCAGGAAGUCAGGCGCAGGCCCUAGUACUGUUAGUGGCACAGCCACGACGCCAGCUAGCUCAAACGAUAAUGUUUAUUGCUGCUGCAAGGACUAGCAGAAGAAGAAGAAGCUUUAAUUAUUAUACGUGUACAUCUCUUAUACAAAAUCCUAUAACCGUUGGCCGUGACACUAGCUCGUAAAAUAGUUGUUAAAAAAAUGCUUUUGGGUAUUAUGGCACAAUGUAAUGCAUACCUACCAUCUUGUUAAA